GCGUGAGGGGGGAGAGGCAGGAGGCAGGUGUGGGAGGGCGGGGGAGGGGGCCAGGCGACUGAGGACGCAGGAAUUGGCAGACACUCCAACUGACCGGAAACUCGGAGCGCCCGACACCUGAAGAUAACGGCGCCUUCUGGACCCAUCUGUGAGAGGACCUGUCGCAACCAGGCCGCUCCCCCCCCCCUCCGGCCACCUCCUUCCCCCUGGCAGCUGGCACCCCUCGCUCACACCCGUCACGGGACCCAACCAUCACUUUCAGUCCCUCGCCCCAGCCUGCACACCAGCGCAUGAGGUCUUGCCUGCCUUGAGAGCACGAUAUCCAUUCUUGGGUCUUUCAUUCUUUGUUUUGUUCGCCUGUUCUUUUCUUCUGCUUCUUCCCACCUAACCUUUCACAUCCUUCUCUCCACUCCAACCUUCCGUCACGUCCUUCACGCAGCCUGUGGAGUGUGGUUUGGUGGUACCCCCUCUGAUUGAGUCAUUUUCUCUUUCGCUUCCUCCUUUGCCUUUUUUUAACAUCUCUUGCUUCCCGUUACUUCUCUCUCUUCCCGUUACUUCUCUCUUCUCUUUCUGCCCCUUCCCUUCCCUCCUCUACUACCCCUACUAGCACCACCCCUUCCCUCCUUACCCCCAGAGUUGACCCUUAACCUUUGACCCAACAAUGCCCGUCCCUUCUUCUGUGACCACGAGAUAGAAGAGCCUUAGACGGUGGCCAAGGAAGCAAGUUCUGCCGAGCAACGUAGGCCCAACCAGCCUACUAACUUAGAGAAACAGACGCAGUUGGAAGCGUUUUUUUUCGCUUAGACCUUCCACCAUGGGCGUCCCAAGGCUGGUCCUGACCUUUGUGGGGCUGUGGGCGGCAACAUCAGCAAAGCUUGUUUACGUCGAGGAACAUCUACCGUUAAAGGGCGUGGAGUCGCCCCCCGGGUCACCAUGGCCCCUGCCUCGUCAGUGGCGACACGACAUUCGCCAAGUCACCAUAGAUCCCAGCUCCUUCACCAUAACCGCCAACUUGAAAGGCUGUGACGUUAUCGACGCAGCGGUUGAGAGGUAUCAUAGUCUGACCUUGAUCGACCCAGCAGCCACGCCUGACCCAAGCCUGCCUGUGUUGCCCUCGCUGGUGGUGACGGUGGGCUCUGGCUGUGACCACACGCCGCACCUCAAUCUCCAGCCGGAUUAUGAGUCUUAUACUCUGGAGGUCUCUGGGCCGGGCGUGGGCGAGAGCGUGGGCGUGGAAGAGGGUCCGAUCCAGGUAGUGGGCGAGGGGUCUGCCCGCCUUCAGGCCCCUACAGUGUGGGGCGCCUUGAGAGGACUCGAGACUUUCUCCCAGCUGGUCUUCAUCACGGAGCAAAAUAACCACUACACACUCAACGAGACACUGAUCGAGGACGGACCGAGGUUCCCCCACCGAGGCAUCCUGCUGGACACUGCCAGACACUUCCUGCCGAAGAACACCAUCCUGCAGGUGUUGGACUCCAUGUCAUGGAAUAAGAUGAACGUCUUGCACUGGCACAUUGUAGACGAUCAGAGUUUUCCUUACGAGUCCAAGAUCUUCCCCAACCUCACACUUCACGGCGCUUAUACAUCCCGCCAUAUAUACACUCAGAAGGAUGUGACGGACAUCGUAGAUUACGCCAGGUACCGUGGCAUCAGAGUCAUCCCUGAGUUCGAUACCCCAGGACAUACCCAGGGCUUCGGCAAGGCAUUUUCGCAUUUACUUACCCCGUGUUAUGGUGACGGCCAGACAUCGGGGACCUCCAACUACCCUCUCCACGCGGCCUACGAGAAUUUCGACCCCACUAACCCACAGGUUUAUGAAUUCGUCAAAGCUUUCCUGGUGGACCUGAAACACACGUUCGUAGACGGGUACAUUCACUUGGGUCUCGACGAGGUCUUCUUAGCCUGCUGG